AUGGAUGACGACGAGGAUGGCCGUGUACGGGGCUCGAAUGCUGGUGGCAGCAACGGAAAAGUGCGCGGCAAAGGACCGCAGUUCACGCGUGUGAUCCCCAAGUUUCUCCAAAAGUACCACCAGGCGCCUGCGAUCCAGGCCAAGUUUGCGACGCUGCCAAAGCCAAGUGAUGAAGAUGAGGAAGAGCUGGACGCCGUGCAACAGGCGGCAAUCGACGAGUAUUUGGCUACAAAAGAGAAGAAAAACGAGGAGAAGGAGGAAGAGAAAAAGGAGUUUCUGACGUGUUUAUUGGAUGGAGGUGGCACGCAGAGGAAGACAAAGGGUUCAGCGAGUGGACAGAGUGUCGUGCAAAUGGGCAAAGCCAAUGCUGCAGUCGAAGCCGCGAAGAAAAAACGCAAACGUCGUGACGGACCGACACUUUGUAACAAGAAACUGCUCUCGUUCUCAAUGGACGAUGUAUGA